AGUCUCUAUUGGUGGCCGCUCUAACGAACGCCGUGUCGAUCAAAUGGAAACCGACGGAGCACCCUAUGGUAGGUCUCCUCGCCAAUGAACCACACUAGUCUAUCCAAUUGGAACGGAAUACGACGCAUUGAUACUCCCAAUUAGUGAGUCAGGACUACGUGUGUCCAUUAAAUGGGCACUGCGAAAGGUGGGGGCCUACCUGCACGAUGUAUAUAGGAUCGCCAUUCAGGCCGCCACAAUGGGGGCUGACGGUGGAUCCUUGCUCAGCUUUGCGUUGGCAGCUGAGAGAGGGGCAGACAUUGAUUUAUAACAUCGUGGGGUAACCUGGUGUCUGCUCGGAGUUCUGUUCCUGUCCUCGUUCCUACAUCUGCUACAGCCCCUGUUCAUUUCUUUGCAACAACUACCCCCCUACGGGCCAGGCACUAAAGCUUGCCAACGUCAAGGCUCUCUGCAUCAUCCACAAUGAUUAGAUUGUUAGACACAGCGAAAAAAAGGCUUGUGCCUCCCAAGGUUCAAGACAUUCCUGAAUACGCCAUCCUAUCCCAUCGAUGGGGCCCCGCGGAAGAUGAAAUCACCUUCGACCAGAUCAACCAGGCAGACCACAAGGACUUGCUAUCUAAGGACGGAUACAAAAAGAUAACGGAGUGUUGUAAACACGCCAGAAAGGUUAAUCUGACGCAUGUCUGGGUGGAUACAUGCUGUAUUAAUAAAUCCAAUCCUGGAGAACUCUCAGAGGCAUUGAAUUCCAUGUUCCACUGGUAUCGCAAUGCACAAGUCUGCUAUGCUUACCUAGCCGAUGUAAACCACGGUGAUGAUCCAUUUGCUGCUGGAUCUGAUUUUCGGAAGAGUGACUGGUUCAAGAGAGGAUGGACGUUGCAGGAGUUGUUAGUGCCACUGUAUGUGGUAUUCUUCAACAACCGCUGGGAGGAGAUCGGAACCAAGUCCAGCCUCCAGCCAGUCAUCACCGAUAUUACUGGGAUUCCGAAAGAGGUUAUUUUAAUGAACAGUGGAAGGGAGGUUAGCGUCGCCGAGCGGAUGUCGUGGGCGGCUAAUCGAACAACGGCGCGAGUGGAAGACCAGGCGUAUUGUUUGAUGGGGCUGUUCGGAGUUAGCAUGCCGAUGCUAUAUGGAGAAGGCGAGAAAGCGUUCGAGCGACUACAGAGGGAGAUCCUCAAGGUAUCAGAUGAUCAGUCCAUCUUUGCGUGGACUGGAGAUGACACGAGCAGCACGAGCGGGCUUCUGGCUAGAUCGCCUCAAGAUUUCCGACGGUCAAAUGGCGUCCGUAGAUUGACGAAUCUACAGCAUGGCGUCCUCCCGUACAGCAUGACCAACAGAGGUCUGCGUAUCACUAUGCCUCUUAAACCUCGCGAAGACUCACCCGAUGCCCGUAUGGCGGCUCUUAGCUGUGGGCGCGGUGGCAGGGCGUUCGUCAUCUGCUUGAAAAAGCUCACCGGGGCUGGAGGCGACACAUAUGUCCGAACCAAUCUUCAUGAGAUCUACGAAGAAGAGGAUAUAUCUACUUUCCAAGCCGAAGAGAUCUACGUCACAGAAACCAAUCCUUCAAUAUUCAAGUUAACCGACUGGAUGAGGCCGGAAUCACGAUAUACCUUUGUGGUCCACCGUUCUCCUUCCCCAAACCUCAAUAGCUCUUCCCAUUCUGAGGUGAGCUGGAAGUCGAACACGGACACCCUUGAAUUGACAUCCUGGUGUAGCGGACAUGCUGGUGUGCUUCUCUUCCGUGACGGGGAUACGAAGGGAUAUGUGGCGAUCUGCCUUGGCGUGCAUAACUACAAUGUCUGGUGCGAUAUUGUAGAUGACUCCGGCGAUGAUUUCGAAAGUAUUUGGCGUUCGAAUUGGAACACCACGAGACGGGACACGCGGUGGCACAACCUGGAUCGCCAAAAGUUACUUGAUGGUAAGGGAAAUACGAAGGCAGCAGUGGCUAUCUCCAAAGGACUUCGGAAGGGUGAGAGGGUCUGGCAUGUAUUUCUCGAACUGGGGAUGAGGUACUCCCUUGAAAAGCUCGGCCGGGGCUGUUGCUUUUAGAUUAUGUAGGUAUGAGAUUAUUGAUAGAACACUGAGCCAGUCAGUUACUUUCGAGUGGGGCAUUGACUUCGAAGGUGGCAUGGUACGAAUUAAAUAUCGCCAAGAAGGC